GCAACAGGGCGCCGAGCUCGAGCCCGUUCGCGUGCGUGCUCCUUUAUUUAUUUAUUUACUUACUUAGCUCCGCUCUUCGCGCGCGUGCGCUAUCAUCGAUGAAGCGGCGUGUCGUUGUGUCGCUGAUCAGGCGAGACCGUAAGUGUGUGUGUGUGUGUGUGUGUGUGUGCGCGCGCGCGAUUGUGAUUGUCUCCGCGUGGCGCUCCGGGAGCAAACCGGUUUGAGCGCGUGACGUUCAGGCCGUGACGGAGAAAGGAGCGCGGGCUCCGCUCGGUCUCGCGCCCCGUUUCACCUUCAGUGCGCGGUGACGUUUCUUUUAUUCAUGGCGCGCUCUUCUGCCCAGCGCAGCCCUGUUGCGCGUUGAGACGCGAGCUUCAUCACCAACAAUCAUCAUCAUCAUCAUGCUUUGGUGCGUGCGCGUGCAAAUGUGAGAGUGUGUCAGUAUGAAUCAGCGCGCGCGUGAGUCAGCGCGUGUGUAUGGGAGCUCCAGACGGACCGCGCGCGCCGGACACUGACGGAGCCGCAGCGGCCAGAUCACAGAGCACGGGGAAGGAGCGCGCGCGGGACACGGUGAUGGCGCCGGCGGGGCGGUAGCGCUGACGGACGCGCUGAAGGACACGCGGCCCAGCGCACGCAGCCAAGGGCAUUGAGGGCAGAGACAUGUGAAUGAGAGACAAACGGGCACGAGCGCUGCGGGAGCGCGCAUUGACGCCUCAUAUAGACAGAAGUGUAACAGGUCAGAGCAGUCACCGAGAGUGUGAGUGUGUGAGUGUGAGCGUGAGUGGGGUGAGUGAGUGUGUAAGAGUGUGUGUGAGUGCGUGCGUGUGUCAGCGUGUGUGUGCAUACAUGUGUAACAGAUCUGCAUAAGUGUGUGUGUGUGUGUGUGUGUGUGUGUGUGUGUGUGUGUGUGUGUGUGUGUGUACGAGAGUAUAAGUGUAAUUAUUAUUAUUAGUAGUAUUAGUAUUUUUAAGUAUCUGUGUGACUAUGUGGGAGGAUAUAUGUAAAAGUGUGUAUGUAAAAGUGCACAAGUAUCCGUGUCUGUGAGCAAGUCUGUGUGUGUGUGUAAGAGUGUGCGUGUGAGUGUGCAUUGCCAUGGAUGGUGCGGUGGGCUCUGCGGGCCGUAACAGUGAGCCUAAGCGACGCAGUAAGGGCAGUUUGCCCUCUCCGGGCUGCCGUCUGUCCCAGGCCUCUCUGGAGGGCGAGCGUGGUGACCCCCCUGCCCGCCGCCGCCCGUCCGUCAUGAGUUCCUCGCGAGAUGGAGGUCCAUUCCGGCCGGGGACUGCAGGGAGCACUGCUGCUGGUACUGCUGCCGGAACCCCCACAACGCCUGCCCCGCUGCCCCCACGCUCGGUGGGCUUUGCAGCUUCCCGUGCUGCGUUAGCCUCCACCUCCUCCUCAGGGACCGGGGUGGUGGUGGUGGCGGCAGCGGCUGAGACAAGUGUGAGCACUGCAGCCGGGACUCCUGAGGCUCUACCCGGACUGGACGGAGAAGAUUACAGCUACUCCAACCAGUCCACCUUCAUCCAGAGACAGUUCGGUGCCAUGCUGCAGCCCGGAGUCAACAAGUUCUCUCUGCGCAUGUUUGGCAGCCACAAAGCCGUUGCACUGGAGCAGGAGAGGCUGAAGAGUGCAGGAGUGUGGAUCAUCCACCCAUACAGUGACUUCAGGUUUUAUUGGGAUCUCCUCAUGUUGUUAUUGAUGAUGGGGAAUCUGAUCAUCCUUCCGGUGGGGAUCACUUUCUUUAAGGAUGAAAACACUCCUCCGUGGAUCAUCUUCAAUGUGGUAUCAGACACACUGUUCUUGGUGGAUCUAGUGCUGAACUUCCGCACAGGCAUUGUGAAGGAGGACAGCACGGAGAUCCUGUUGGACCCCAAGGCCAUCCGCCAGCGCUACCUGAAGAGCUGGUUUCUAGUGGAUUUUGUUUCCUCCAUCCCUGUGGACUACAUCUUCCUCAUGGUGGACCAGGAGGCUCGACUGGACUCGGAGGUGUACCGCACGGCUAGAGCUCUCCGCAUCGUCCGCUUCACCAAAAUCCUCAGCCUGCUACGUCUGCUCCGUCUCUCCAGACUCAUCAGAUACAUUCACCAGUGGGAGGAGAUCUUCCAUAUGACAUAUGACCUGGCCAGUGCAAUGGUUCGAAUCGUCAACCUGAUCGGCAUGAUGCUCCUGCUGUGUCACUGGGACGGCUGCCUGCAGUUCCUCGUACCCAUGUUGCAGGACUUCCCCACUGACUGCUGGGUGUAUAAAAACAAAAUGGUGAACGAUUCAUGGGGUGUACAGUACUCCUACGCUCUCUUCAAGGCCAUGAGCCACAUGCUGUGUAUUGGCUACGGCGCUCAGGCCCCCGAGGGCAUGACUGACGUCUGGCUCACCAUGCUCAGCAUGAUCGUAGGGGCCACCUGCUACGCAAUGUUCAUCGGCCACGCAACCGCACUCAUCCAGUCCCUCGACUCCUCCCGCCGCCAGUACCAGGAGAAGUAUAAGCAAGUGGAGCAGUAUAUGUCGUUCCAUAAACUUCCAGCAGAUGUCAGACAGAAGAUCCAUGAGUAUUACGAGCAUCGCUACCAGGGCAAAAUGUUUGAUGAGGAGAAUAUUCUGGGAGAGCUGAGUGAACCAUUAAAAGAGGAGAUUGUGAGCUUUAAUUGCCGCAGCCUGGUGGCCAACAUGCCACUGUUUGCUAAUGCUGAUCCCAAUUUUGUGACUGCCGUUCUGACCAAGUUACGCUUCGAGGUGUUCCAACCUGGUGACUUUAUCAUCCGAGAGGGGACUGUUGGCCGCAAAAUGUACUUCAUUCAGCAUGGCCGGGUCAGCGUGCUCACACGUGGAAACAAGGAGACCAAACUGAGUGAUGGAUCAUAUUUUGGAGAGAUCUGUCUGCUGACCCGGGGCAGGAGGACAGCAAGUGUCAGAGCCGAUACGUACUGCCGCCUUUACUCUCUCAGUGUUGACAGCUUCAACGAAGUACUGGAGGAACACCCCAUGAUGAGGCGGGCAUUUGAGACUGUAGCUGCUGACCGACUGAACCGCAUUGGUAAGAAAAACUCUAUCUUGCUGCGAAAGACAUCUCAGGGUGGGUCCGUGGCAGGCAGCAGUGUGGGCCGAGGGCCCGGUGGGGGUGGUCGUGGCGGAGGCUCGGGUGCUGCUGGUUCCUGUGACAGUAUCCUAGUGCAGCAGAUCGUCAAACAUGACAGCAUGCCCACAAUGCAGGAAAUCGCGGCUGGCACCCGGGGCAGCACUGGUGGUGCUGUGUCCCCCCACCCCAGGCCGGUUAUCUGGGCUCCACUAGUCCACGCUCCCCUGCAGACAGCAGCAGCCACCACCAACGUGGCCAUCACCCUACUGCAGCAGCAACAGCAGCAGCAGUUCCAGCAGCAACAUGGGCUGCCAGCUGGUGUAUUCCUGCCCUCUCCACUCCCAAUUUCACCCUCGCCCAGUUCCUGCCCACUCUCUCCCCCCCGUCCCCCUAUUUUGCAUCCACGCCAGUCUCUCAGCUCUCUAAUUGGAGUAAUGGGCGGCCUCCCACCUCGUGGUGUCCCCUCUUCCAUGACCCCUACUCCCUCCCCCUCUGCAGCUGGACCGCCCACCAUGGGAGGAGCCCCACUGACUAGUGGAGCUGGGGUUGCUAAAACCCCGUCCACUCCCAUAUCGACAGUCCCUGCCCCCUUGCAGGCCAGCAGAACUCUGCACUACAGUCUCCGACUCCACACGGAACCCUCGGCCACAAACAGCACAGGGGGGGUAGGAACUAACGCAUCCCCUCUCCACAAAGCCACGGCUCCUUCCUCCCAGGCCAUAGCAGCUCUGGCCUCUGAGGGUCGACUCAGCCAGCAAGGAGCAAAAGAGGCUUUGAUGCGUCAUGUUGGAGGUGGCAGCACGCAAGGACUGCCAGUGCUUGGGCGCCUGACCCAGGAGGCCCGGCUACUCUCAGCAUCUCAGCCUACACUGCCUCACCGUGGCUGGCCAGGCAUCCAGCCUCAUCCACCCCUUCACCGGAAAGCUUCUGGGGGCAAUCUACUGCCAGCGCCCUUAUUGGUGUCCCAAGGACAGCUUGCACGAGGUGGAAGUGCAGGAGUACUGAGCUCAAACACUGCCCAGGUCCAGAAGUUGCCUGCACACACACCUCUGCCCUUGCCCUCUCCACUUACACAUGCACACCAAGCAGCACCAGCCACAGGGCCCGCACCCAUCCCUGCACCUGCUUCUGCACCCGCACCAAUUGUCUCCUCCUCCCCUAAACAGACUCCUCUCUCCUCUGCUAAUGUCUCCCCUGCCCUCACCCCAGUGUCCUCUGCUCCAGCACAAUCCCAGCGCCCAAAGCUCUCCUGCCCCUCCUCCCCUCCUCAGGCUUCCUCCUCCUCAGAAUUGACCCUCAGCUCUGGACCUACUCCUCUAGCCCCUCCUCAACCACCACAGAGCAGUAAACCUUCUCCCACUUCCCCCUCUCAACCUUCAUCAUCAUCUUCCUCUUUCUGCACCCAGCAAGUUGCUUCUUCCUUGGUUUCCUCUGUGCCUCAGAGCCCUCGCUCCAAAUUCUCCACAACGCCUCCAUCACCGUCUCCUUUAUCCUGCACCACCAGCCCAACUCCCACUGCCACUGCAACCCCAUCUCACACCCGGACACCAACUCCCAUUCAGACACCUGUUCCCACACCUACUCACACUCAAGCACCAGCCUCUUUUCCAACACCUACCCAGACCAGAGCUCCCACUCCAGCCCAGACUCCAACAAACUCAAUUGUCCAGACUCCUACCCAAAUUCGGAGCCCAACCCCUAUUCAAACCCCUGUUACCAAUCUCACACAAACUCAGUCAUCAGCUUCUAUUUCUGCUCUUUCUCAACCUCGUACCUCAGCCCCUGUCCAAAUUCUAAGCUCAGUGAAAAGCCCAACUCAAACUCCGACUCUAGACACUUCCCAAGUUUCUGUGCUCUCUCAAGCCCGAUCGCCACCCAGCCAAAGCCCCACUCAAACACCAAGUCAAACCCGAACCACAACGCCAACCGCAUCCCAAACCAGCUCUCCUCUUCAGACUCCCACUAUCCAAACUCAGAGUCCUACAGCCCCAACUACAACACCAUCUCAGACUCAGACACCUACUUCCACCCAAACCCGAAACACAAGCCCAGUCCUGACCCCAACAUCAACAUCUGCCCCAACUUUAUCACAAAAGACGACGUCAGCCCCUCCUCAAAUUUCCAGAUUCACUCAAAUCCCAGUUCCAGCCACAGCUACACUUCCACAACCCCCAACCAUGCUCCAAGCUCCAAAUCCAAGCCCAACUUCCUCACCACCAUCUCUGUCUCCUUCAAAAUCAACCUGUGUCUCACCUGCAGCUUCUAAACCCAGUCCAGGUGCCCAGGCUGCCUCAACCUCUGCCUCCUCCACUUCAUCCAAGGUGGAGAAACAAGACCGGAAGGAAUCAGAUACACUGAGACAAAAACUUCCAGCUAAUAUGUAAUGAAGACUACUCUUUUGCACUUGGACACUGGAGGAGGGUCAGAGUCCAUUAGUUGUGGUAGUGAUUGUAGAGGCAAGUAAGGGAGCUGAACUGGAAAGAGACUAAAGCACAUGGCAGCUCUACUGGACCAAACCUGUGGGUGCCAUGGGCAUUCCAUUCCUCAUUACGGCCCUUGGCCUUCACCUAAGGGUCGAAUUAUACUUCUGCAAGUGCAAGUCUGUGAACAUGUGCAGGCAUCGUGGCAAUCGCAUAGGUGCCAGCGUAUUUGCACAUUACAUUAAUGCCUGGACUUGGGGGUAGUAUCGCAUUUAUCAAACCAGAGUGUACAGCAAAUGAAGAAGACAUCCAGAAACAGCCAACUGCAAGAAAGGUCUUGCAUUGCACUGCAGUAAGAUAAUGAAUGCAAGAUGUAAAACAUUGGAGGUGAAAAAAGAUCAUUUUUAUCAGACAGUAUUUUGUUUAGUUCUGUUUUGAGUCUCUAGCAUAACCAGAUUUACUUCCCUGUUCAACUGAUCACCCUAGAUUUGAGUGAUAUGUAACUGAGAUUGUGGAGGAAUACACAUUAGCACCUCUGUGAGCCUCUGCAAGUUGCAAUGACCCAUAAACAUCUUGUCUGCUCCUCUAUGCAGAUAUGUUUACAUGCAUCUUUGCAGAAGUAUAAAUCAGCCUUAAGAUGAUGCACUGAUUUAGGAGAAUAUGGUCUGUGUAGUGAGCAUUUGACACGCAGUGUCCUGAUUAACUUACUGCUUUGUCUUCUCCUUGUCAGCAAAGAUUUUUCUUUGUCAAAUUGAAUGGACAACAGUCGAAUGAGGGAAGGAAUGUUGUUCAUCAAGCACAGGUACCUGCUCAUGCCUCCCUCGAGCUCUUUUAGACAGCAUCAGGUAAUAUUAAAAUGACUUUAAUGUAUUGACCUGGAACAGCGACCCACACAGCCUGCCACUGCCAGUACAAAAAACAGGACUGUAGAAAAGAAGGGUGAUGAAGGUCAUAAGCAGAAAACUGUCUUUGUUUUCCAGUUCCACCCCCUUCUUGUCACCUUUUAUUCACCAAAGUGUAAUACUUUGUCAUGAUAUAAAUAAUAACUAUUAUAAAUAGGCACAAUAAUAUUUCUGAAAUAACAGUACUGAAAUAAUGACAUUAAUCAAAGUAAUUAGGAGCAAUCCACUAGUAGUUUCUCGUCUCAGGUGUUUGGUGUUAGUUAUGGACAGUGCAGCUCUAGAGUCCUCAUUCACGACGACUGGUGUGAGUAAAAUGUGUUUUCGUGUCGCACUUAAAUUGUUCCGUUUUCCACAGUGGCUACAGUGCUAUAGUUUCACCUAGCUCUCUGUAAAUACAGGCUUCUCUCUGUCUCUGUUUGUAAAAAAACACACGCUUAAUGUUUCUAUGGUCUUUCAUCUCUCUCUUUGUGAUCAGCUUUCAUCUGUCAAACUGCCUUUAUAGCUGCUACCAUCAGCCGAAAGACACACACAUAUAUGUACACACAGACAGACAGACAGAUGCACACACACGCACACACACACACACACAUACACACACACUCACACACUCCUGGUCCCCGUAUCCUUCUCUCUUUUUCUCUUUCUAUCAUUCCCUCCCUCUUACUCUUACGUUACGUUGUGUGCCGUCCUUUGCUGUCUCGUGCAGGUAAUGUCCCUUUUCUACCCCUAAAACCAGGAUGCCUAGACUGUACAUUUAAGGACCAAAUGGUUUUAUUUUUAUUUGUUAUCACAGCUUUAGCUUUUGAGCAAAAAACAAAAGUCUAUGAUUCUAAUAAUAGUGAAAGAAGGAAGAAUGAUGAUGAUAAUCAACAAUGACGAUGAUGAUGAUGAUGAUGUGUAUGGUAUGUAAUAUUAAUUAUGAUGUGAGGGUGAUCUUAAAAAAAUAAAGAAAAUUUAGAAUCAG